AUGCUGGUCAACGGUUACUUCUUGUUGGAGCCUUGGGAUUUGAAGGCGCUCUCCCACUCCCCUCACCUCGGCGUCACUGUGACAGUCAGAGACCCAAACCAUGAGGUUUUGAUGUCCAAACGCUAUGGUAAAUUUGCCAAAUUCACCUUCACAGCUCAUACCUCUGGUCAGCACUUCCUCUGCUUCCAAACCAACUCCACAAGGUUUUCUGUCUUUGCUGGACAGAAGCUGAAGCUACAUUUGGAUGUUCAGAUGGGAGAGCAUGCCAUUGACCCUAGCAAAGACAAGGCCAAAGAAAACUUGGAGACUCUGGAGAACAGCCUCAGCCACCUCAUAGAUCAAAUGAUGUACAUCACCAGGCAGCAGGAGUACCAGAGGGAGAAAGAGGAAGUGUUUCGUCAGAUCAGUGAGGACACCAACAGUAAAGUGCUCUGGUGGGCUGUGGUGCAGACCUCUGUGCUGCUGUCCGUUGGUUUCUGGCAGAUUAAACGACUCAAAGACUUCUUCAUCGCCAAGAAGCUGGUCUGA